ACUAAUGGACGGAGUGGAUGUAACUCACAUUCAUCAAGGUGGGCUCCACAGUCAGGGAUCCACCCAUCUCUAAGCAGCAUCCAUGCGUUAGAUUGCAGGGGAGCGAGGUCAGGAGUCAGGAGCAUGAAGAGAAAUGUGUUAAAAAUUGCAGUGGAGCGAGUUCAGAGUAUAGAGAGGGAUGGAAGGAGGAAGAGCGAAGAGAAAGCCACCUGACUAUGACAUGGUCCGAGAAGAAGAAGAAGAGACGGUGGCCCACUUCCCCCUCUCUACAAGACCAUCACCACCGUCGAUCAGCAGCAGCAGAGAGCACGUGAUGAGCGAAGUUCACCUGGGCUGUCCCCCUCAUUUCUCUGGUCCUUACAUCUCUCGUUUCACCUUUCGCUCCCCACUAUCAGAACCAGAUGCCACUGAGGAAAUGUGUAAUGAACUUGUUGGAGGAGCUCCAACGUGUCAAAUGCUUUGUUUGGACAAUGAUGGUGACCUUGUUCUACCCCGACCAAGUAAAAUGUCCAUCAAUUGUGGAGUGACUAUCCAACAUAAGAUCACAUCAUCCAUUUCUAGUGUUGGAUUACAGGUGUGGAGAGCAGCAAUGGUACUAGCUGAUUUUGUCUUGCACACAAUCUUCACAUCAUCUGAUUUCAACAACAUUGUUGCAUUAGAACUUGGUGCCGGAACAGGGUUGGUUGGUAUAUUACUUGCACGUGUUGCUAGGACUGUCUUCUUAACAGAUUGCGAUGAUGAAAUACUUGGAAACUGUGCAACUAAUGCUGAUCUUAACUCCCGCAUGUUGAAGUACCAUGGGGCUUCAGUUCAUGUACGUGAAAUCAACUGGAAAAAAUCAUGGCCCCCUACCCCAAGGGUGGAUGAGUGUCAUUUCCCAUCUGAACAAGGGUCUAGAUAUUCGUGGACCCCAUUGGAAAUUGAAGAAGCUGAGGGAGCAUCUGUGAUUUUAGCUGCUGAUGUAAUUUACAGUGAUGACUUGACGGAUGCGUUUUUCAAUACUCUAGCAGGAUUAAUGUUGCAUGGUUCUAAAAAGGUGUUGUACUUGGCCCUGGAGAAGAGGUAUAAUUUCAGUCUUGACGAUCUUGACAUUGUUGCAAAUGGGUAUUCACACUUCCGAAGCUAUUUGAGAGAUGAGGGUGAAUGCAGGACUCUCGGAGGUGGAAUGCCUUGUUUUGUUGGCAAGCUUGUUCAUCUUGCACAGAUCCCACAAUAUAUUAGGGAGUAUGACAGGGGAAAUGAUUUAGAGAUUUGGGAAAUCAAGUAUUCCUCUCUUGAUACAACUUCUCACAGGAAAGAAUCCAAAAUUUCAGUGUAAAGUUUGUUUUCAUCUGUAUACAUAGUGAGAUUAGUCCAUCACAUUUUUACCCCAGGAUUAGCGUCCUGAGAAUUUAAGACAACAAUAUUAAUCAGGGG